GUUCGUGUCUGAAAAAAAUCGCCUUCUACCUCUCCUAUAAAUUUAUAUCGGAUAUUUCAAGAAAUUUUCUGCCUCGGGGUUUUGAAAUUCUAUAUUUGAGCAAAAAAAAUGGAAGCGACAUGCGUUGGAGCAGCGCUCAGGUUUUCGUUUCCGAACGUUUCUGAUAGAUGCAGGAGACAUUUCACGGGUAGAGAUGGCGGAGCUAAAACUGUUUCCUUACGCGCCACCAUUAGAGCGCAGCAGUCUCAGUCUAAGGAUGUCUCUGCUACACUUUCUCCAACAAGUGAUUCUGCUGUUGAUGCCCUUAAAAUCAAGGAGUGGGAAGUUGGAAGAUUCCAAGAUGAAAUAGCAGCCAGCCAGGGUAUCAAAAUUAGAAGACGUCCUCCUACUGGCCCCCCUUUGCACUAUGUGGGUCCGUUUGAGUUCCGGUUACAGAAUGAGGGCAAUACUCCGCGUAACAUUCUAGAGGAAAUAAUAUGGAAUAAGAACGUGGAAGUCUCACAAUUAAAAGAGAGAAUUCCUCUGUCUGCGCUGAAGAAAGCUAACGAUAAUGCUCCUCCUGUUAGAGACUUUGUUGGGGCUUUGCGGGCAUCUCAUCUGCGAACUGCUUUACCAGCCUUAAUUGCUGAAGUCAAGAAGGCUUCUCCAAGCCGAGGAGUGUUAAGAGAGGACUUUGAUCCGCUAGAAAUAGCUAAAGCUUAUGAGAAGGGUGGGGCAGCAUGCCUUAGUGUUUUGACAGAUGCAAAAUACUUCCAGGGGAGCUUUGAAAAUCUGGAGAUCAUACGCAAUGCUGGAGUAAAGUGCCCUCUUCUCUGCAAAGAAUUCAUCAUUGAUGCCUGGCAAAUUUUCUAUGCUCGAACAAAAGGGGCAGAUGCAAUUCUUUUGAUUGCUGCUGUGUUGCCUGAUCAUGACAUAGGUUACAUGACUAAGAUAUGCAAAAUUCUUGGGUUGGCUGCACUGGUUGAGGUGCACAAUGAAAGAGAAAUGGAUCGUGUGUUAGGAAUUGAGGGGGUCGAACUUAUUGGCAUCAACAACCGUGACCUUGAAACAUUUGAGGUUGAUAUUAGUAAUACAAGAAAGCUUCUCGAGGGAGAACAUGGCCAAGUGAUCCGACAAAAGGACAUCAUUGUGGUUGGCGAGUCGGGUUUGUUUUCUCCAGAUGACAUAGCUUAUGUGCAAGAAGCUGGAGUUAAAGCGGUUUUGGUUGGUGAGUCCAUCGUGAAACAAAGUGAUCCUAGGGGAGGAAUAACACAGCUUUUUGGUAAAGAUAUUUCUUCAUGAAUCAUGGGCUGCUUUUGUCCUCCCAUUCAUUCUACAAAGGAUUUGAUUUGUUGUAUACUUUACGGGUAAUUAUAUUUG